AUGCUUCGUGAGAUUUUGUAUGGUGCAGCAGGGUUCGUCCUGUUCGCAUACACGCUAGAAUGGCUCUUUUCCAUGUUUGAUGACCCGAGAGAACCGAAGCGUCUUCAGUCCAAAAUACCACUUUUUGGACAUUUGUUAGGAAUGAUGAAGUACAGUUCUGGCUACCACGGGAUAACCAGCAAGCAAACAGACCAAGAAAUCUAUACAGUCGCCAUCUUCAACACAAAACUCUACGUCGCUAAAACAGCCCGCCUCAUCCCUCUUAUCCAAAGGACCAAAACACUUUCCUUCCGUCCCUUUAUGCAAACUGCUGCCAAGCAUAUGGGUGAUGCCAAUCCCGCCACGAUUGAAGUCUUUGGGAGUGAAUGGGUCGACUCGUUUAGUCAUGCGCAUAAACAUGGUCUUGCCCCAGGUCCCAGUCUUGACGAGCAGAAUUCAAGAAUGGCAGAUCGUGCGUUAAUUGACAUCGAGGCGUUGCUGCCUAGAGAGAAGAACGGCGUGAGAAAGGUGUUGUUGUUAGAGUGGGCUAGGUAUGCGGUUGUGCAGGCGAGUGCUUGUGGAAUCUUGGGCGUGGAGCAUCCUUUUCGUGACCCCAAGAUUGAUGAAGCAUUUUGGAAAUGGCAAGAUUACAUGCCUCUCCAUCUCAUUAACCUCGACAUUACCAGAAAAGGCUACGCAGCUCGGGAGAUUGUCUUCGACGCCUUCCGAAAAUACAAUAAGAACAUCCCCGUCGACGUGUCAGCAGUCUAUAUGGCUCGUCAGCGCACUAUGCAAGAAGCAGGCAUUGACGAGGAUGACAUUUGUAAGCAGCAAGCUACUUUUGGAACAGCGGCUUUUGCCAACACAGUACCCAUCAUGUUCUGGACCAUCUACGAGCUGUUCUCCCGGCCUGACCUUCUUGACGAAGUGCGACGCGAAUUAAUCGAACAGGCUGUUAGUGGAAACAAAGAGACUGGGUUUGUGGUGGACGUUGCAGCGUUGAAAACAAAAUGCCCUUUGCUUUUAUCUCUUUAUCAGGAGACACAACGGACAAGACAUAUUCAUGCGAACAUUCGAAAGGUGACGGAAGAUACACUCCUGGACGACAAGUAUCUGCUUAAAGCUGGCCAAUUCGUCAUGAUGCCUGGCCAACCCGUGCACACCAACCAAACUACAUGGGGAGAUUCGGCUGAUGUCUUCGAUCCAUAUCGGUUCAUGCCAAAAGAGGGAUCCGACAAGAAAUCGGUCGUGUCGAGCAGUUUCGUGGCAUGGGGCGCACCACCACAUUUGUGCCCUGCGCGACAGUUUGCCUCGACAGAAAUUCUGAUUGUGUUGGCUCUUCUUUCUGUGCGGUGCGAUAUGAACCCUGCUUCAGGUCAAUGGGCAAGGAACCCGGCGCUGAACACAGGUGACAUGGCCACUAUUUAUACGCCCAAGAAAGAUGUUGAGCUUGAGGUUAGAAGGAGAGAGGAGUGGAAUGGGGAGUGGAGUUUAAGGAUGGGAGAGAGUAAGACGAGGGUUUCCCUUGCAUCUGGUUAG